GACACCAGUCGAGAGAAAACUAGUAAAACAUACUCUUUAAUUUUUCAAGAAAGGAUUUUUGAUUCUCCCGUGUAAAGUCCUUAUAAGUGAAUGGUACGAUCCACCCCCUACUAGUACUGUUUUUCUUACAGCGGAUGGAAGCAAAAAGUCCAACGGAUAUCGGGACCGGAUAAAUGUGUGAAAUGGCAGUUAGGAUCGUCCUUUGAAGUGUUUCCCUUUUGUGACUGGAUUCAUGAUCGUGUAAUUCAUAGUAAGGGGCGCUGUGUUGUUUGAAAAGCCUCAUGUUUUCACCGGGUCAAGAGGAGCACUGUGCGCCUACCAAAGAGCCUGUAAAGUACGGCGAAUUAGUGGUUCUGGGGUACAAUGGUUCACUCCCCAAUGGAGACAGAGGACGGAGGAAAAGCCGGUUUGCCCUUUAUAAGAGAGCCAAAGCUAAUGGUGUCAAACCCAGCACUGUACACAUCCUCAACACACCACAAGCCAGCAAGGCAGUGAACUGUAAGGGCCAGCACAGCAUCUCCUACACACUGUCCAGAAACCAGACGGUGGUGGUGGAGUACAGCCAUGACAAAGACACGGACAUGUUUCAGAUUGGACGUUCAACAGAAGGCCCGAUUGACUUUGUGGUGACUGAUACUGUGUCAGGAGGCGGGGAUGGCGAGGACACUCCCAUCACGCAAAGCACCAUCUCCCGCUUUGCUUGCCGGGUGGUGUGUGAACGUAACCCACCUUACACUGCGCGCAUUUAUGCCGCAGGCUUCGAUUCUUCUAAGAAUAUAUUUCUGGGAGAGAAAGCAGCCAAAUGGAAGAAUCCAGAUGGUCACAUGGACGGGCUGACAACCAAUGGUGUGCUAGUCAUGCAUCCGCGUGGUGGGUUCACAGAGGAGUCCAAGCCUGGUGUGUGGAGGGAGAUAUCUGUGUGUGGUGAUGUUUAUACACUGCGAGAGACGCGGUCCGCUCAAACUAGAGGCAAACUGGUGGAGUGUGAAAGUAAUGUACUGCAGGAUGGGUCUCUGGUUGACCUGUGUGGAGCGACACUUCUUUGGCGCACAGCUGACGGGCUUUUUCAUACCCCCACCCAGAAACACCUGGAGGCCUUAAGGCAGGAGCUGAACGCAGCCCGACCUCAGUGCCCCGUUGGUCUCAACACCCUGGCCUUUCCCAGCAUGCAACGCUGUAGCCGCGCCCCGACUAACGUCCCUUCCCAAGAGGACAAACAGCCUUGGGUGUAUCUGGCCUGCGGCCACGUUCACGGCUACCACGAUUGGGGCCAUCGUUCCGAACGAGACCCUAAUGCUCAGAGAGAGUGUCCCAUGUGCAGAGCUGUGGGCCCCUACGUGCCCCUCUGGCUCGGAUGCGAAGCAGCUUUUUACGUUGAUACCGGCGCACCAACGCAUGCAUUCGUACCUUGCGGCCACGUCUGCUCGGAAAAGUCAACGCGCUAUUGGGCAGAGAUUCCUUUACCGCACGGUACCCACGCUUUUCACGCCGCCUGCCCCUUUUGUGCUACCCAGCUCAAUCUGACUCAGAAGUGGGCCAAGCUUAUUUUUCAGGGCCCUGUAGACUGAGAGUAUGAGGGACAACAGUCUUGAGCGGACGGGUGCUGGAUUAUUGCGUCUAGUUUGCUGAAGAAAGGAUUGUGACUAAGAACAGAUUCAUACCGCAAGCUGUGAAGCAGCCCUUGAAAUGUUUAUGCUGGAGAGCAGGUUUUUGCGCAGAUGUCACUGCGUACAGUCAUCCAAGUUGCCUUGGGGAUGGAUCGGAGGUGUCAGCGAGUUGUUUUAUCCCUGACAUGUGGAUCUGAUGUCAGAUCCCACCAGCAUUACCACACCACUCAGGAGAUUUUCUGAUACCUUGCUCAACAAGAUCCUGCUUUGCUACAUACCUGUGAUUUCCAAAGAACUUGACUUGGUUCUAGUGUGUUUAGAGUUGGAGGUAGACAUUUGUAGGAAGGUCAGUUAGGACUAAGCAGCCCUGGUUAAGUUAUAACAGUCAAACACUUCAAUGUGUGGAAACUUAAAACUUGCAAUGAAUUUUUGAUAGCUUAAUGAUUGGAGUAAUGAUUUGGGAACUAAAAUUCUGCAAUAGUUUUUAUUCCAAAGAAUAAGCCGGUGCUUUUAUUUGUUAUUUUUUAACACUGAAGAGGAACCACCAUUACACUCCCAGAGGAUACAUUUAUGGUUGAUAACCCACAGUGGAAGCUUUAUUUUUCAAAUGGAUUAUGCAUUAUUGAAUUGGAUUAAUGAUUUGUCUUUUUAGCCUAGUCUUCUGUCUUUAAAAGUAUUUAAUACACAAAUGAAUAAAUCAUCAAGGAAGCAAAAAAGUUUAAAGGCUUCAUACCGGUUUAACCGGUAACAAGAUUAACAAAAGAUGUUGCUAGAUACUUUAGGAAUGGGCUAUAAUUUGUAACUGGAAAAUUUGUUGGUGUUAUUUGCUACUUUAAAAGCUUGUCCCAAAUAUAUUUUGUUACUGUAUGUUUCUCAGACACAUUUUGGAAAUGUUUGUGUUGGGAAUCUAAGUUGACUUUUUUGCAAUCAGCUUCCUGAUCUUCCAGCUUCCAGAUAUGGAAAAUUAUUUGGAUUUAAACAAACAUGUAAUUUGGUGGCAGAGGCUUGAGAUUAGGCUUGUUUGAGAUGCAGCUUGCCUUGCCUGAAAUUCAGACGAGAGCAGACGGCUGCAGUAAGGGGAGGAGUGAAAAAAGAGCUUUUAAGUCAGACACUUCACCAAUCUCGCAGUCCAGUCGACUACAAACGUCAGCAUAGGCAGAGAUCACGUUCGCGUAUUUUAUCGCGGAUUAAAUAGAUGCAACUUAAAUACCAAUAAAUUCAUUUACAUAAAGAUGUUUAUAAGGAGAAUCAACGAAGGUGAACUGUUCGUUACUGGAAAAGGUUACUUAGUAAAUGUUGGGAUGAAUAAAUCUAGUGGUAAUACAAAUUCGUUUCUGUUGUGUGAAAUAUAAACAGCUCACAGUACAAAUAAAUCAACACCAAUACAGAAGUUUACAGGAAUUCAUACAAAAUAUAAAUGUCAUAGUAAAGAACAAUUGAAUUAAUAUAAAAACUACUACAGGAAUUAGAGUUUUUAGAAUUAACAAGUCAUCAGCUGACAUAACCUGGCCACUGAGCAUUAAGCUGUGUCGUCAGCAAGUCUUUUCCCAUCGUGCUUUUCGUCAACGCAGUCGGUGGAGAGCAACUGCGCUCGGCUGUAGAAUCCGACGAGCCCGCCUCUCCAUCGCGAGAGUUAUUUUGCACACGUCAGCGUGACAUCAGAGCAAGUCGGACGUAAGUCGGACACUUUUCUAACCGACAUGCAUCUUGCGCGGAUCACCGGUGAUCGAUUCUGCGCAGAAUUUGCUCAUCUCAAACAAGCCUAUUUACAGAAGGUCUUAAAUCCUCUUAGUCAUCCAGUACACUGUAAAAAAAAAAAUCCUGGUUACACUUAAAUUUAUUAAGGUUAAUCACAAUUACAAUUAAUUUUAACUUUUUUGACUAGUGAGGAGUUGCUAUUAAAGGAUUUGUCCGUUAAAAAAAAAUCCAGAUAAUUUACUCACCACCAUGUCAUUCAAAAUGUUGAUGUCUUUCUUUGUUCAGUCGAGAAGAAAUUAUGUUUUUUGAGGAAAACAUUUCAGGAUUUUUCUAAUUUUAAUGGACUUUAAUGGACCCCAACACGUAACAGUUUAAAAUUGCAGUUUCAAAGGUCUCUAAACGAUCCCAAACGAGGCAUAAGGGUCUUAUCUAGCAAAAUUAUUGUCAUUUUUGACAAGAAAAAUAAAAAAUAUGCACUUGUGACACGCCAGCGCGACCUCAUGUAAUUGCGUAAUGCCGUGGAAAGGUCACGUUACAUAUAUGAAGCGCACAUUAGCGGACCAUUUUAAACAAUAAACUGACAAUUUUUCCACACUUGUAAACACUGGGGCGUAGUUUCGCAUACGUCAUCUGUGACCUCUUGACGUGAUGACGUAUUGUGUGAGAUUGCGCUGGCGCGUCAAAGGACCAGAGAUGGACGAGAAGUUGUGGUUUAAAAGUGCAUAUUUUUAUUUUUAUUGUGAAGAAUGACAAUCGUUUCGCUAGAUAAGACCCUUAUGCCUCGUUUGGGAUCGUUAACAGUUUUUUUCAACAGAGUUUCAAAGGACUCUAAAGUGUUGAGUUAAGUGUUGGGGUCCAUUAAAAUGAGAAAAAUCCUGGAAUGUUUUCCUCAAAAAUCAUAAUUUCUUAUGAACAAAAAGACAUUAACAUUUUGGAUGACAUGGUGUUGAGUAAAUUAUCUGGAUUUUUUUUUUUGAAAAUGGACUAAUCCUUUAAGUAUAAAAAUAAAGUUGAAUAAAUUAUGCUAAUUCAACUUUUUUAUAAUUUAUAGCAACUCUUCAUUAGUCAAGAAAGUUAAAAUAAAUUGUAAACUCAAGUUGAUUAAACUUAAAUAUUUAGGUGCAACAUGUAUUUUUUUUUACAGUGUAACCAUAAUAAAAGUCCCUUAAAGGUUUAGUUCACUUUAAAAUUAAAAUUCUGUCAUCAUUUACUCAUCCUCAUGUGGUUCUAAACCUGUAUGAAUUUCUUUUUUCUAAUGAACACAAAAGAAGAUAUUUUGAGAAAUGAUGGUAAACACACAGCAGAUAGUGACCAUUGACUUCCAUAGUCGGAAUAAAAAAUAUGAUGGAAUUUAAUGUGUAACGUCAACUGUGCUUACCAUCAUUUAUCAAAAUAUUUUCUUCAUUUAUCACAAUACUUUCAAAAUAUUUUUUCCUACUAGUCAAUGCUCACUAUCUGCUGUGUGUUUACCAUAAUUUCUCAAAAUAUCUUCGUUUGUGUUCAUCAGAAAAAAGAAAUUCAUACGGGUUUAGAACAACAUGAGGAUGAGUAAAUUGAGACAUUAUUUUCAUUUUAAAGUGAACUAUCCAUUUAAGUCGUCAUUGGGCAAUUUAUUCUUGCUGUUUUAUAAGCUUAUGAGAGAAAAAACUUUUAUUCCACUAUUUUCUUAAAGUUUAUACAGAGAUUUUUCCUAUGCCUAAUGGCAUUUCUACAGUGUCAAAAAGAUUUU